GCGCUAUUAGCUCGAUACAGGCGGCAGUCGCAGAUAGACUGUGGGCAACUCUGGAGGGAGGUCGCGCGACAGGCAGGCUGAGGGAGGCUUCAUUCGUGCAGUUUUUGGAAAGCAAUGAAUGCGCCAUGAGAUCCGUUUUGACGCACCAGUUUGCCCAGCCUUUCCCUAGAACGAAGAAGUGAUUAUCUGGUUAGUCUUGACUUUUGGGAGGAAUAAAUAAAUAAAUGGAGGAUAAAUGGAGUUCAUGGACAGUCCGGAUUGGUGAGGAGGGGUGAAAAAAUGACAGCCGAUUCAACCUGUGCUUUAUCCAACUGGCGUAAUUACUGAGAGGGAGGUUUUUUAUGCUUCCUGCCAUUAAAACACACCACCGUGUCCUUACCAACCUGUGAGGAGGCAACUAUGGGCCACCACCACUUUGAAUAAAACGGUCACAUGAUGAUUUUCCCUUGAGGGGGGGAAAACACAGACCGACCACGAUCCAUGGUCCACCACCACCACCACCACAACAAUGGGGUGUGACGACGACAACAACGUGACCAACGGAAGUUCCCCCGGCGACGGUGGUGGCGGUGGCGGGGGCGGCCUGCCCCACAGCGCCCACGUGCCCCUCACCAUCCUGGUGGCCCUGCUCAUCCUCCUCAUCGUCUUCGGCAACGUCCUGGUGGUCAUCGCCGUGUUCACCAGCCGUGCCCUGCGGGCGCCCCAGAACCUCUUCCUGGUCUCGCUGGCCUCGGCGGACAUCCUGGUGGCCACGCUGGUCAUGCCCUUCUCCCUGGCCAACGAGCUGAUGGGCUACUGGUACUUUGGCCCCGUGUGGUGCGAGAUCUACCUGGCGCUGGACGUGCUCUUCUGCACCGCCUCCAUCGCCCACCUGUGCGCCAUCAGCCUGGACCGCUACUGGUCCAUCACGCAGGCCAUCGAGUACAACCUGAAGCGCACGCCGCGCCGCAUCAAGGGCAUCAUCGUGGUGGUCUGGGUGAUCGCCGCCGUCAUCUCCUUCCCGCCGCUCAUCACCAUGGAGAAGGAGAGCGUGGGCGAGCAGGGCCCCGUCUGCCAGAUCAACGACGACAAGUGGUACAUCAUCUCCUCGAGCAUCGGUUCCUUCUUCGCGCCCUGCGUCAUCAUGGUGCUGGUGUACGUGCGCAUCUACCAGAUCGCCAAGAGGAGGACGCGAGCGCCGCCGGGCGACGGACGAGGGAGGAGGAGACCGGCGGCGGCGACGAACAACAACAAGAACGAGGCCUACAAGAAGAACAACAACGGGGCUGUUGUCGCGGGAGGUGGUAGUGGUGGUGGUGGUGGAGGAGGUGGUGUUGGAGGAGGCGUUCAGGCCGCUGGAGGAGGUGAGGAGCAUAAACUGAACGGGCAGCAAAAGAGGCCCGAGGAGGGACACGGGGAGGUGGAAGGGGAGGAGGAGGUGGUGGCCAUGAGGAGUCCAGAGCAGGUGAGGAGGAGGGGAGGAGGCGAGGAGGUCAACGGGGUGGACAUGGAGGAGUCCUCCUCCUCAGACCACAAGCUCCACAACCCCUGCUCCUCCCUCAAGAAGAAACGAGCCAAAGCGGCCAAGACCAAGCUGUGUCAGAUCAAACCGGGUGACCCCACCACGGCCAACGCCGACGCGGACAUUAACAUUGCCGCCUCCGCCUCGCCGCGCCUCCCCAACAGGCAGGAGUCCUGCAGGCGCAGCGGCAAGGGGGCAGCGGCGGCCAGCCGCUGGAAGGGCCGGCAGAACCGGGAGAAGCGCUUCACCUUCGUGCUGGCGGUGGUCAUCGGGGUGUUCAUGGUGUGCUGGUUCCCCUUCUUCUUCACCUACACGCUGACGGCGCUCUGCGACUCCUGCUGCGUGCCCGACACGCUCUUCAAGUUCUUCUUCUGGUUCGGCUACUGCAACAGCGCCCUCAACCCCAUCAUCUACACCAUCUUCAACAACGACUUCCGGAGGUCCUUUAAGAAGAUCCUGUGUCGAAGGGACAGAAGCAGGCGGGUCGUGUGACGGGAUGCAAAAUUAUUGUUGUUGUCGUUGUUGUUGUGUGGUUACUACAACAAUGCUCUCAAACCCCAUCAUCUUCCACACCAUCUUCAACAACGACUUCCGGAGGUCCUUCAAGAAGAUCCUGUGCCGAGGAGACAGAGGCAGGCGGGUCGUGUGAAGGGACACAAAACAAAAGCAGAACAGAUGGGGUUUUUUGUUGUUGUCGUCGUUGUUUGGUUAAAAAUGUUACAGUAUAAGCAAGAAAGCUCUCACACACAGUUCACAUUUGCAGCGUUUACUUGCGACAUAAUUGACCGAAGAAGGUCAAUAGACUGAAACGUCGCAAGUUAGCACUACAAAUGUGAAGAGUCUGAGGGAGCUUUCUUGUUUCUAACGUUGGUGACCCAGGGGUUACACUCCUACACACUUGGCCAAAGGAGUUGUGGAAGAAUUCUACAAAAUCGAACUUCUGACCCGACAUGUUGUUUGGCUACUGCAACGAUACUCUGAAACCUCCAUCAUCUAUACGACAUUAAACAACACCUUCAGGAGGUCCUUCAAGAAGAUCUUGUGUCCAGGGGAACAGCGACAGGCGGGUGGUGUGAUCGCCUCAAAAGCAGAACUGACAUUUGUUUUGUAUGUUUUCCCAUACCCACACUCAGGCUGUUGUGUGCUGUUCAUAUCUCAAAGAUGAUGUAUUGUUUAGUGAACAGUUUGAUACUCUGCAUAUCGACAUGGGCUGUCCGUCUUACUGUGGCAUAUUAUGUGAAUGGCUUUAGUACCACUGCUGUGACAUGACAGUUUAAUAUCUUACAAGGAGUUGUGGGACUGUGUUUGCUGUAAGCAUUGGUGUGUGUGUGUCCGUGUCCGUGUGUGUGUGUGUGUGCGCGUGUGUGUGUGUGUGCGUGUGCUUGUGUGUGUGUGUGCGUGGGUGGGAUGUUGACAUGUUUGUGGUCUGUGGUAUAAGAUGAAUCUUUAUCAAAAGCACAUUUUUGGAUCACUGUUCAUGUGGUGUAAUGUAUUACAUUUUUUUCAACUGUUGUGUAAAUGUGUUGAGUCACACAGAUGCUUUUCAUGUGUGUGUGUGUGUGUAUGUGUGUGUAAGA